UCUCCCUCUCUCUCUCGCCAAAUGCUCUCAGUCUCUCCAAAUGUUCUCAGUCUGUUCGUCUUUUCGAUGCUUGGUUCCUCAAUGGAGACGGAGAAGUGGAAAUUUCUGGAUUCUUUUCCAUUCAAAUCGGACGGUCCGGAUCGCUUCAUCUUCUUCCAUGAACGAAGACUCAGCUUCCCUUCGAAAACAGAGCCAGCCUGAUUUUGAUCCUGCUGAGGACCUCUUUGGGCUCGAUGUAGACUUACAGCCGAGGAAUGUUGUUUCCGGUGCACCCAAACCAAGGUCCUGGUUUGGUCCAAACGGCCAAUAUAUCAGAGAGUUACCUUGCCCUAGCUGCAGAGGUAGGGGAUACACCCCUUGUACAGAGUGUGGAAUUGAAAGAUCUAGAUUGGAUUGUUCACAGUGUAAUGGAAAGGGUCUAAGGACUUGCAAACAAUGCUUGGGGGACUGCGUGAUAUGGGAAGAGUCAAUCGAUGAACGGCCAUGGGAAAAAGCUCGUUCUAGCUCACCCCUUAAAGUCAAGGAAGAUGAUGAAGUCGACAAGCUAGAUAUAAAGUUCGAUGUUACAAGAAAGUCGAAGCGUGUAUAUCAAUCACCAUCUCCAGAAGUUAGUUUGAAGAUCAGCCGAUCACUGAGAAGUCUCAAUGCCAAAACAGGACUGUUUAGUAAACGCAUGAAGAUUCUCCAUCGUGAUCCUACACUUCAUGCUCAAAGAGUAGCUGCAAUAAAGAAAGCAAAAGGGACUGCUGCAGCCAGGAAGAAAGCAUCUGAAACUAUGAAAACUUUUUUCCGUCAUCCAGAGAAUCGCAUCAAGAGGAGCAUGUCCAUGAUAGGAGUGAAAUUUUACUGCAGUAACUGUGGAGAGGAAGGACACAGAAGAUAUUACUGUCCAGCAGUCAGGGAUAAUUUGGGAGGAAAGCACAAGUUCAAGUGCUGCCUAUGCGGGGAAAGAGGUCACAACCGACGAACAUGUCGCAAGUCAAGGUCAGGUGAACCACAGAGGAGAAGGGUAGAACCAAAGCACCAUCACCAUUGUACGGUAUGUGGUCAAGGUGGGCAUAAUCGUAGGACAUGUCCUCGAGGGACUGCUGGCAUGAAAGGAGGCAGUUCAAUUCCAAACAAGAUUCUUACUACUAAAGGAAUAAAAUUUUACUGCAGUAACUGUGGAGAGGAAGGACACAGAAGAAACCGUUGUCCAGCACUAGAGGAGAGCUUGGGAGGCAGGCACAAGUGUCGCUUAUGCGGGAUAAAGGGUCACAACCGACGAACAUGUCCCAAGUCAAGGUUAGGUGAACCACAGAGUAGAAGGCGGGACCAAAGGCACCACCAGCAUUGUAGGGUAUGCGGGGACAUUGGGCACAAUCGUAGGACAUGCCCUCAAGGAACCAGCUUGAAAAGUAGCAGUUCAACUCCAAACAAGGUGCUUCAAAGUUAUAAAGGUAGGACUUAACUCCUGCAGCUUAUGCUCGGUAAAAGGACAUAACAUUAGGACAUGUCCAAACAGAAACAAUGGCUGACAGACUAUGAUUUGAUGGACACACCUUGAUGUCUCAUAUGGACCAAACCUAAUUGGAUACUGUUGUUGUUUGA